AUGCCGCUUUCAUUGUACAAAACUCUGGCCGAUCUUAGACACUACCUUUUGUUCUUAUUAGUUUGUUAUGGAAACUUCUUUCAAAUAAAGUCAAGCUUUUUAAAAAUCAGUACUGUGUUUCUCAUCACCCUUCCCUCCCACAAAAAAAAAGUUUUUGCAUAUUUUGUAACUUAAUAUGUUUUGAAUAUGACCAAUUCCAAAUUUUCAUACACCAUAUCAGUAAAACCUGAAAUAAUGCAUAUUCAUUCCUGUUGUUAAAAUUCGAUGUCUCAUAUGAGUAAAACAAGAGAAAUUGGGGUGUGAGCCUUAACGUUUGUUGAUCGGCCAGCUUGACUAGCCCCUUUGCGAGGUUAACAAAGUGUGAUAUUUGUCUUCAUGUUGCUGUCGACCCUAAACAACGUCAUUGCCCACAAGGACCCGCAUUGCCUUCGAAAUACUAUAUAUAUCUAUAUGUAUGUUGCUGCUACAAGCCAGGUUCAUAUACUCCUAUCUCUCCCUUACCUUAACUUAACCAUGGCAAUAUCUCAGCCAAGGAUAGUCUUGGCCAUUCUCUGUCUAACUUCUGUGCUGACAUUCUUGUCAGUUGAGUCACAUUCCAAAUAUGAUUUAGUAGAAAGUUUGCCUGGCCAACCUCCUGUAAGUUUCAAACAAUUUUCUGGCUACAUCACUGUAGAUCAAAAGCAGCACAGAGCUCUUUUCUACUACUUCGUUCAGGCACAAACUGAACCUGCUUCCAAGCCUCUUGUUCUCUGGUUAAAUGGAGGACCUGGUUGUUCAUCACUGGGAGCUGGAGCUUUUAGUGAACACGGUCCCUUUAGACCAAACACCGAUGCAACCCUGGUGAAGAAUGAGUACAGUUGGAACAAAGAAGCCAAUAUAUUAUACCUUGAAUCCCCUGCUGGUGUUGGUUUCUCUUAUUCUGCUAAUGCAUCAUUCUACAACUACGUGAACGACACCAUUACAGCACAAGACAAUCUAAUAUUCCUCCAACGCUGGUUUGACAAAUUUCCACAAUAUAAGAAUAGAGAUUUCUUUAUAACUGGAGAAAGCUAUGCAGGUCACUAUGUGCCACAACUUGCACACCUCAUUCUUCAGUCCAAUGUGAAGUUCAAUCUGAAGGGCAUUGCUAUAGGGAACCCUCUCCUGGACUUCAAUAAUGAUUUCAAUGCGGAGGAUGAGUUUAAUUGGUCUCAUGGGGUGAUAUCUGAUUUUGCUUAUGAACUCAUCACUUCAUAUUGUAACACUUCUCGGUUAACUAGAGAGUCCAUACGUGGCAAUCUUUCUGAUGCUUGUUCUAUUGUCUAUGAACAAAUUUCUGGAGAAUUUAGUGACUUUAUCGAUGGUUACGAUGUCAUUGCUGAUGUCUGUAUAGCAUCUAAUUCAUCAAGAUUUGAUAUUGCCAAACACCCCAUAAUGUCAAGAUUUCGAAUUUCGUCAUCUCGUCUUUCAAAUGCAAAAUCUCUCACUCAGCAGCAGACCUCGGACUCAGACUCAAACUCAGAGAAUAAGAUAGAUGUCUGUGUGGGUGAGAAAACAACCAAGUACUUAAACAGGAAAGUUGUACAAUCAGCUCUGCAUGCCCAGCUUGUUGGAGUUCCUCAGUGGACUUCUUGUAGCGGUGUCCUGCAUUAUGAUUAUGAGAACCUAGAAAUACCAACAAUUCCUAUCGUAGGUGCACUUGUUGAGUCUGGAAUCCGAGUAUUGGUUUACAGUGGAGAUCAAGAUUCAGUUAUCCCAUUCAUUGGAAGUCGAAGUUUGGUAAAUAAAUUAGCAAAGGAAUUGGGACUGAAAACUACUGUGCCUUACAGAGUUUGGUUUGAGGGAAAACAGGUUGGUGGAUGGACACAAGUUUAUGGUAGUUCCCUGUCAUUUGCCAGCAUAAGAGGUGCUUCACAUUUGGCUCCAGCUACACAACCAGAGAGAUCGCUUGUGCUCUUCAAGUCAUUUCUGGAAGGAAAGCCAUUGCCAGAAGCUUAAAGUCGCGAGGAAUAUCACAAAUAUGAACCUUUAUCUAAAUAAACGAUGUGUUAUUCUUCACAUCUAAUGCACAUCUUUGGCCGCUAUAUAUUAUUGAUUUGAAUCAAAUAAUACUCUUUGUUUUUUAUCUUUAUCUGAAAUUAUUCUGAUGUUA